AUGCGGGAGGUCGACCAUAUCGAGCAGCUGGUUGGUAAGUUGCUGCUACUGGUGACUCCAUUGGAAGACCGUAGGCUCCACACGGAUCUGCACAACUUCACCCACCAGCUGAGCUGCGACCGAAUCAGCUACAGUGCUGCCGCACUCUUCCACAUUGACAGGUCACUGCUGACGAGUUGCAUCGCCGCCAUCGCCAUCUCCAUCUACCUCGUCAUUCUCGUCGAGUUCGGUCUGCCCAGUCUCACCUACAGCAGCGAGAUGGUCGUUCAGGAAGCUAGCCGCACACAGCGGCUGGUCACCAAACUUCUGAUGUUACCAGUGCCUGCUAGCAGUGGCUGCCAGGAAGAGCUGCUGCUGUUUGAGGAACAGCUGGCGCGCAGUCCACUACACUACAGCGCAGCUGGGUUCCUCGCGCUGGAUUUGUCGUUGCUGAAGAGCUUCGUGGCAGCUGUGACGACCUAUCUGGUCAUUCUCGUCCAGUUCCAAAUCCCUGAUACAAAUAAGGAGUAA